UACCACAUGAGGUGUAGCUCUCACAGCCAUAUCCAUCCAUAUCAUUCUUCCUGCACCAGUGUAGCUCUGCUCAUAUCAACUUCAGGUGACUGUGCGUUGGUCAAUCCUUUAGCGUAUCUCAUUACAAUGGAGAGGGAAUAGAGACUUGUUGCUUCCUGUUGAAGUGCUGCUCCAGAUCUCACUGGAGAGGAUAAUGGCAUCGACGGCUUCUAGACGCCAGCCUACUCCGACGGCCGCGCCGGAGCUGUCGUCGUCCUCGGGACGGAGCGAGACGGAGGCGAGGUCCCUGAAGGUCCACAGCGAGGCCGAGAGGCGGCGGCGGGAGAGGAUCAAUGGUCAUCUGGCUACGCUCAGGAGAAUGAUGCCCGAUGCUAACCAGAUGGACAAGGCCACAUUGCUAAGCAGUGUGGUGAGCCAAGUGAGGCACCUCAAGAGGAAGGCAGCCGAAACCGCCACACAACCGCUGACGCCCAUUCCUCCGGAGGCCAACGAGAUCACAGUCCGUUGCUACACAGCCGGCAGCGACGACCGGACCACGUGCAUUCGCGCCACCGUCAGCUGCGACGACCGGCCGGGCCUAUUCACGGGCCUCGCCGGAGCGUUCCGCGGCCUCGGGCUGAGGACACUGAGGGCGGAGUUUGCCUCACUGGGAGGAAGGGCGCACCACGUGUUCGUGCUCUGCAACGAGGACGGCGAUGUCGGUGCUGGACCUAGGGCCCUGGAGCUGACAGUGUGGCAGGCGUUGGCCCAGGUCGCCUUCCCGGAGACGGCGUUCGGUGGUACCUCGUGGAGCAAGAGGCAGAGGAUUUUGGACGCGGGCUGCUCACUCAUGUACUCCGUAUGACCGUAUAGGUGGUGUUUUCUCGAAAUUUUGCCAAAAGAGACCAUCUGCCCCAACUCAUUGACAAAAAGGAC